AUGUCGUUGACUCUCUAUACAUCCCGUCUUCUGGUCAGUUUAUAUGCGACAAACCCGGUCUUCUCAGAGCUAAGUACUGCCCAGCCAACCAUUAUCAAGGAGCUCGGUUACUCCGCUGAUGAAGCACAACUUCUCACUGUGCCUCCAUAUGCGAUAGCAUUCAUCCAGACGAUCACCGUUGCCGUACUCUCGGAGAAGACACGCUGCCGAGCGCCUUUUAUCAUGGGCUCGUCUGCCCUCGGUUGCAUUGGAUACAUGAUGUUAUUUUCGCAGCACCGGGCCGGUAUGUCUUAUGCCGGUACGACUUUCGCCGCGGCGGGUAUCUAUCCUGCUGUUGAUAUUGUGCUGUCUUGGCCGGCAAACAAUGUUUCCAGCCAGACGAAGCGCUGCAUUGCCAAUGCCAUGCAAAUUUCUAUUGGUAACCUGGGUGCGUUUGUCGGGACACAGCUGUAUCGCAGCGAGAGCAGUCCGCGGUAUUUCCUUGGGGAUGGAUUCGCCCUCGGGUAUCUUGUGGUCAAUAUCAUUGUCGUCGCAAUUCUGUGGCAGGUGCUUCGUCGGGAGAAUGCCGAGAAGGAGCGUGUUCGGGAGGCGCAAGGAUUGAGGCCUUUGAUGGGUGAUAUUGGAGAUGCAGAGGGAGAUUUUUGGGUGACAAGGAUCCGCGUUGGGUCUUUCAAUUAUAAAAACCAUAGCAGGCCUGUGGUCGUUCAAUAA